AUGCAGAACAAUCCCGAUGAAUUAAAAAGCAAGCGCGAUAAGUAUCCGUUGCGUCACCUCCUCCUGCAGCUGACAGCAGACGCCGCCGGUCGUCAGAAUCUGUGCCUGGAGCACAAGAUAUCCGGCUGCCUCCAACUGCCGCUCCGGAGAUCAGAAAGUGGUGACGUGGCGAAGAGCGCCGGUCACGUGGCACCAGAGAGCGAGUUCAGCCGUAGCUCGUACCUGUUGAGCCACAAGCGGACACACACAGGCGAGAGACCCCAUAAGUGCGAUCUCUGUGCUGCAGAGUUCAGCUGUAGGGUACUCCUCACACACCACAGGUGGACGCACACGGGCGAAAAGCCCUACAAGUGUAAUCUCUGUCCUGCAGAGUUCAGCCAGGGCACGAGACUAUUGUAUCACAAGCGAAAACACAUGGGCGAGAAGCCCUAUAAGUGUGAUCUCUGUACUGCAGAGUUCACCCAGAGGUCUGACCUCUCGCGCCACAAGCGAAGACACACAGAGUUCAUCGAGAGCACGAAGCUGCGCUAUCACAAGCGGAAACCCAUGAGGGAUGGGCCCUAG